UUAUUAUGGAGGAUAUAAUAUUGCUCUCUCAAGAAACCUCUCAAGUCAACGAUUACUUGAGCCUUUAUAACGACGAGGGCGGUCAUCUUUAUGCGUCGGAGCUGUAAUGCGGUAACCAGGCACAAUGGCUGAAGCACAGGGUCCCGAGCCCACCCCAAAACGUUAUCCGAGCGACACUGACAAACUAAGGCUAAGCAGGGAGUCUCAAGUCUACACUGCCACCAGAGAAACCCUUUUCGCACAGGAGACCACGCACAGUAGAAUGCAUGCAUUGUCACUUGAUUGGGUCUCUGGGGUGAAUUCCUCUCUUCCGGUGUACGUUCUGCAAGACCACAGUCAGCUGGUGUUCCUGUAUGCCGGAGCUCACGUCGCGAUCGUUUACAACCACACCACCAACUCCCAGCACAUACUCCAGGGUCACUGCUCCCCCAUUUCGUGCAUGUGUGUCAGCGAAGACCGACGCUGGAUCGCGACGGCGGACCAGAACGAGAAAAGCACAGUCAUACUGUGGGAUUCAUACUCUGGCAUUCCUGUUCAUACGUUGUUCGACUGCCAUCCUGACGGGGGAGUCAUUGCCAUUGGGUUUUCGGGGGACGCUAAACAGCUGGUGACACUCGGAAAGGAAAGAGAGCAGUGUGUGUGUAUCUGGGAUUGGACCAACGACUCCAAUGAAGCGCUGUGGCUCACCGAGCUCAGCCCUGAGUAUGGUUAUCAAAAUCACAUAAUUUUUAACCCAAAAAAUAGCACUCAGUUGCUGAGCAGCAGUGAAAGCCAAGUGUUGUUUUACAGCACGGCACAGAGAAGUUUGCAAUAUGUUCCCCUCAAGGUUAUUAAGCUGGGUGACGCGGCCACCCUGGAACUGAACGCGUCUCUCUUCCCUCAAUCCACGCCUGAGUUCUGCGAAAUCCUCAAAAUGGCCGGCGGGCCUCUGAGACCGUCCGUUUUCCACUGGCGAGAGCUCCGAAUAAUUACCCCGUCGAGCGCGGGCGUCAUUAUGGUCUGGGAGCUCACGCAGGACCUGGCCUCUAACCAAAGGCUGAGCCGAGACCGAGUGAAGAUCAUCUCUCUGCAGGAGCAUCCCAUCACCGCGCUGGCUGUGGUAGACAACUGCAUUGUCACCGGGGACACACGAGGCCACAUCAACUUUUACGAUGAAAACAUGCUGCUCCUGACCUGGUUCACCCAGUUGAACCUGGACCCCAUUGUCUCUAUUUCCUUUUCUAAAGAGUUUGCAAGAGAAUAUCUGGAAGACGCCUCUGUGGAUAACAAGCCAGUACUUGGGAGGAACCUUGUAGUGUCCUCAUCAACCUCCACGGUCGUUCACGUGAACGUGGAAAAAGGCACGUGGCGGGUCCUGUUGCAGGAGAACUGCGACCCUCUCCACGCCGUGGCCUGCCAUCCCAAACAGCCUGUCGUAGUCAUGGGCAACCAGAGCGGCAUUUUAAAGGUUUGGGACUACCAGCGGAAGCGGACCAUCCGCAGGACCGUUUUAGAGAAAGAGAUCCAGUGUGUCACCAUUGACCCACAAGGACGUUACCUGGCGGUGGGUUUUGCAAGCGGAGCCGUUCACUUUCUGGAUGUCGACACUUUACAAAGCGAUCCCAAGGAGUGUUUCGAUUACCCCCCAGACAGCAUCAGCCACAUGAGUUUUUCACAUGACUCCAACUACCUUGCCACUGUAGAUGUGGGGAAGGCGGUGACGUUGUUCCGCAUGCAGCCACCUCUGUGGAUAUACUUGGGCAGGUACCGCUCCCACUACAAGCCCAUUACGGACCUCCUGUUUGGGGUGCACCGGGACAGCGCCAAGCCCAGACUGUUCACGCUGGGUGUGGACCGUCUGCUGGUGGAGUACGACGUGGAGAGGAGCAACGUGGGCCAGCUGGUCAUUCUGGGCUCCAAGCGCCUUGAGCAGAGUGCGGUGCCCAAGUGCAUGACCUGGUACCCGCCUCUUAGUGCUGAGGAGUUACUGGUGGUCGCCUCAGACCAAUACAAGAUGAAGCUUUUCAACAGUACCUCCAAGACGUGCAGAAAGACUCUCCUCGGGCCAUCAUACGGAAGCCCCGUUAAGAAAAUCGGGAUUCUACCGACGUCUGCAGACAACGCGAGCGGCUCGUAUUACAUGGCGUACGUCACAGACGACAAGGUUGGCUUGCAGAUCCUGCCUCUGGACGGCAACCCCUACAAGUCCCAAGCGGUGGUCUGCCAUCCGACCGGCGUGUCGGCCUUCGCCUACUCCCACGACGGACUCUUUGUUUUCACCGCAGGGGGAUCUGACUGCACUGUCCUGUCGUGGCAGAUAAGUCACAGUGCCCUGGAGGGAGCAGCGGCUUUGGGAGGAAAGGAGCUGACACCGUAUUAUACUCUUUUAGAGGGAGGCAGGAAUGGAGAAUUCUACAGGGAAAUCGAGGACUUCUUCUAUUACUGCCAAAUUCACAAUCAAGGCCUGGAUUCUAUGGAGACACGUCAGCUCUCUCCCAAAAUCCCUCUGACAGAAUUGCCUUCCCUGAUGCGGGCUUUGGCUUACUUCCCUACUGAACAAGAGGUUGAAAACAUGCUGAACGAGGUGAAGUUGGGCCAGUACGCAGAAACGGGAGAGUACAUCACGGACAUCAACCUGGAGGAGUUGAUCAAACUGUACGUCAACCACCGGCCUGCUUUUGGCAUCUCGGCAGAUGAGCUGGCCACAGCCUUUGAGGUCCUCGGCGAUGCUGUCGGCCCCGCGGGGCUGCCCAUUCUGCAUAGAGACCGGAUGCUGGAGCUCCUGCAAGUCCGAGGGGAAGCCAUGACAGACGAUGAGCUGGCAGAGUGUUUCACUGCGCUGUUAGGCCUCUUUGAAGUGAAAGAGGAGGAAAGUCCUGAGGUCGACUUCUCUAAAUCUGAAAAUGUGAGCCAAGAAUACGCACUGGAGAGUGUGAUCCCAGAGGAGAUAUCCGUGGAGAUAUUUACAAGUCACAUCCUAGGCUUCCCAUCCUCAUCAUCCUCAUCAUCAUCAUCAUCAUCGCAGUCACUGACGCUCAAGAGAGGACACAAAGCUUCAGAGCAACCGCUUGAUGACAUCUGAACGGGAAAUACACUGACACAUUAUUGUGACUCACAAUUACGGCAAAAAAUACAUAGUUGUGUAUUUUACAUGAUAAUAUCAUGAUUCAUCGUGUAUAACCCUAGUGAGGAUAAGCGGUAUGGAAAAUGGAUGGAUGGAUGGUGUACGGUGUGAUAUGACAUGAUAUGAUAUGAUACGAUAUGAUGCAUUACGGUACGGUACGGUAUGGUAUGGUAUAUUACAGUGGUUACCACCUCGAAAAAUGUUUUAAUAAUGGCCAACAUUAAGAUACAGUCAAAAAAUACAGAGCUCAAUGUAUCUUUUAGUCAGCUAUGGUACCGUAUAUCAUAUACAUACUUCACGGGUCAAUCUGACCCUCUGCAUGCUUAGUGA